GGACGCGGGAGGGGCGCGCGCACGCGCCGCACACGGCCACGGGCCACGCGACGACCGCCGGGCAGCCCCCUCCCGACGGCCGCGGCGGCAGUGACCGUGGCGCGCCACGCCGCGCGCCACCCCGGCCCCUCGGGGGACGGCGGAGUCCGGGGGAGACGGGAGGUACCUGGAAAGGGGAAGGCGGGCGAGGGGCACGGCGCGCCCCCACGGGCCACCGCCCCGACGCCGACCACCGACCGCCGACCACCGCGCCCCCGCCCGAAGCCGCGCGCGGGCCUCGGCGCUGCCGGCCCGUGACACACGGGGGGCCCCCGCCGCGCGCCGGUCGACCGCCGCCCGGAGGGCCCCGCCGGGCGCCGGACAGCCAGCCCCACCGGCCCCCCCCGGAACGGGGCAGAGCCCUUUCCCCACCGCAGCGCCCUCACACGCUCCCCCCCCCCGCCCCCCAGCCCCGAGGCCCGGAGGGCGCGGGGAGGCGCCCGGCGACCGCGGGGCAGGCCCAGAGCGGCGGGACGACCGACGACGACCGGCCGAGGCGGACCGGUCCAGGGCCGGCGGCGCGGGAGGCGACGGGGCAGGGCGAGCGGCCCCACGACGGGGAGAGCCGCCGCCCGUCACGCCGCACAGCCCGCGAGACGCGACCGGAGGACCCGCGCCGCGCGGGGUCCACGGGCCGGGGUGGGGGAGAGGCGGUCGUGGCCGGCGCCACGGGCGAUAGUCAAGUUCGACCGUCUUCUCAGCGCUCCGCCAGGGCCGUGGGCCGACCCCGGCGGGGCCGAUCCGAGGGCCUCACUAAACCAUCCAAUCGUUUCAGCUUUGCAACCAUACUCCCCCCGGAACCCAAAGACUUUGGUUUCCCGGAAGCUGCCCGGCGGGUCAUGGGAAUAACGCCGCCGCAUCGCCAGUCGGCAUCGUUUAUGGUCGGAACUACGACGGGCGGGGCGGCGGAGGCCGGGCGGCGAGGACGCGGCGACCGGCCCGCGGGGGGGCAAGACCGGGGACCCCCGUCCCGCGCUCAGGCGAGCGCACCGGGGCGGGGGGCGCCCCCUCGUCCGGCACGCGACGGCGGCGGCGGCGGCGACGACGACACGGGCGACGGAUCGGGGCCGCGGCGGGCCCGGGAAGCGAGGCACACCGGGGCACGGCCCCGGGGAGCAGCAGACGGCGAGGGGACCGAGGCGGACGGACGGACGGAGAGGGGCACCGACGGGAUGCGGCCACGCGGGGCCGACACCACGCGACCGGCGGCGGAGGUGGGGUGGCCGCGCGCCACCGCGAGGGGAACGGCCCAAAGCGACCCGGGGGAGGGGACGCGAGUCGGCCGCCGGGGCCCACCGCGGGAUCUCACCGCCACAGGCCCUCCCGGCACAGGGGCGGUCCCGCGGCACCACCCGGGGACGACCGCCUGGCGCCCCCACCCUCGCGGGGCUCACGCCCACCGCCACCCCCGGAGCCGCAGCCGGCCCGGGGAGAACACUCUCCCGCCGCACACCGGCGCCCCCUCCUCCCCCCCCACGGCCCUGACGCGCGCGGGGCCCCCCGCCCCGCCCCCCUCGCUCAGGGCUCCGAGGGCACUGCUCCGCCCGGGGACGCCACCGGCCCGGCAGAGGCCGGGGGACGACACCCACGUGAGGCGAGGCGAGGCCGGCUCGGGCCCAGACAGGGGACUGGAACGCGGGCGGUCGCACGCGCGGGACGAGGAGAGGCGAGGCCGGCGGCGGCGGCGGGGAGGGGCCGGCAAGCACGCACGGCGGGGGCCGCGGGACAGGGACGCGGGCGCCGUCCGGGGACCAGAGGAAAGAGACCGGGCACGCGGCCGGGCCCCCAGGAACACCAGCGCGGGAUCCCACCGCCACCCGCACGCGAGGGCGGUCCCGCGACGCCCGGGGCGCCGGCCGGCCCCGGCCAUCCCCGGAGCGUGGCCCACGACCCGGCCCCGCCGCCAGGGCCGGCGAGCCGUCCACCCGUCUUCCGCCAUCCAUCCGCGACAGGUCCGUCUUCCGUCUGAGUCUGAACCCCGAGGCGCGACACCCCGGGCACAACGCUCUCGAGCGAGGCGGCCCGGACCGGCUCACACCACGGGGGGGCCGGCCGCACGCACACGGCCCCCCACCUGCCGGACGCCCGGCGGGGCCCAGCGGGACCCUCCCCCGACUCGGAGGGGGGAGGCGCGGGCCGCGAGAAGGCGUUCUCACCGAGGGCGCGCCGUCCCUCACCCGGACCGUGUCGCCUUCGGGCCCACGGAGGCGCUCCCACCAGCCACCAGUCCUCAGCUGGGCGGGAGGGGUCUGCGGUACAGGGAAGCGGACCACCGCGCAGGAGCGUGUGCGCGGUCAGGGCCAGAGCAGAGCCCGCGUCCCGCCCCCUGCGAGGCCUCAUCCGCCAAGGAAGGCCUCCACGACGAGGGGAACAGGCACGCCUCUCCCUACCGCCUCGACCCCCCGUCCCCCGAAGAGAGCCACUCAACGGGACACACAACGCCACCGUGGCGCGGACCCGAGGGGGACACCGGGUUAAGGGAAACGACACCACCACUCGGCCUCAGGCACCUGAGGGACGACCUGGAGCGCUCCAGGGGCACCACCGAGGGUCACGGGUACCGGUCCGUCCGAGUCUCCGAACGGGGAUUUGGCUUCGAUGUGCCAAAGGAAAACAGAAGACAGAACCGUCAGCGAGGCGCUUCCCACGAGACGAGCGGGCCCCGACCAGGGACCGCGCCCGGGGCCCAGACCGUCCCAGACGGGGCAUCCAGGACGGCCCGAGACUUUGACAGAGAAAAAGCACGUGUGCCGGGAGACGCCUCGGGCGACCGGACCCCACGGGGGGGACCGCACACGCGCCUCCCCCGGUCAACCCUCGGGUCCCCGCCUCCGGAGUGCGACGCGGAAAACACCCCGGGCAGAAGGGACCCGAGGGCCCGGACCCAGGCGCGCCCUCCGGCGACCUCCAAGCCACCGUCUGGGCCGGUCCCCACCUCCGGAGCGGGGCCGAGGGCGAAGCACACGCUCCUGAGGGCGGCCCAGGAGGAGUCCGGACCGCCGAGCCCGAGUCCAGGCGCUCCGGGCAGGGAAGACCCUCUCCCCGCCCACCGCGGCGGCCCGGCCCAGGCAGGGUCCGGGCGGUCCGUCUCCGCGGCCGCAGGGGCACGGGGGCACGGGGAGAUGCUGGUCGACCCGGUCAGGCCGCCCCGCAAGCCGGCUCCGGUGCGCCGCGACGGUCACCCUCCUCGGAAACCUAGAGAACCAAUCUCCGGCGACAGCGGGACUGUCCCCAGGCCUCGGCGCCACCGGGACUGUCGCCGCCAGCGUCGCCGGUGUCUGAGAGCUCUGCCUCGGGCCCAGAGGCUGAGUCACAAUCCUCCUGAAAGGCCUCGCCGAAGCUCCAGAGGGGAGGGACAAUAUCCAAGCGGCCGCCAGGUGGCUCCCGACAAGCGACUCGAACGUCCCGAGGACGUGUCGCUGUCGCCGGCCGCCGGGGACGCCACCGCGCCGGCCGCCCAGACGCCCGAGCUCGGCCCGGAGCCUCCGCCGCCGAGCGACGCGACGCGACGCGACCCCGGCCGCAGAGGAAGGGAGAGACGCUGGGAAGGGUCUCCUCAGGAGGCUGCCACGGAGGAGACUCACUCCCCCACGCGAUUCCGGGGUGCUGGGGGGGACAUUCCACGGAGACGCCGGCGGGCGGUGGGGGCUCGGCGGAGAGAGGGGCACCAGCGGCAUCGCAGACUCCCCCGGAAAGCCGUGAGUCGCGGGCACGCCAUGACCCCGGAUGUCAUCUGCCGUGACGCCCAGUGGUGA